UGCCGUAAUGGUGACAACAAAAACGUCACUUCCGCGAACAUAACACCAUUGAUUGCCAGUCUCUCCCUAUCGAUUAUUGAAGACAAGUUUGCAUGCAGACCCCGUGCUGGCCAGUUUUCUUCGGGAAUGCGUCGCGAUUCGUCCGAAAAGUUGGUGCGUCGGCCCUGCUAGUGGCUGCCAAGCCCGCGGACACUGCGGUAUAGGACGAGGAGUCAGACUAUGGCAGUAGCACUCCCACUUCGACACUUUGCUAGCUCGUCGUUGGUGCACAUGCAAUAAUAUUUGAAAAAUGACUGCCAGAGACAGUGUGCUGCUGGUCUUGCUGGCCGUGUGCGGCCUCGGCUGGGCCGCUUGGCAGGAAAAUAUCCGGCCCAAGAUGUACGUCCAGCUAGGUGCGGAGGACGUGUAUCGCUUCACAGGCAACGAAACCCACACCGACUACUUCCGCCUGGUCGUCCACGACGGACACAACCUUCUGGUCGGAGGCAGAAACCUCGUUCACAACCUCAGCUCUUCGGACCUCGCGGAAAUCCAGAGACUCACGUGGUUCUCGCCCGAGACGGACACGAAAAUGUGUUUGAUGAAGGGCAACGACGAAGAGAACUGCCAAAACUACAUUCGUGUCCUGUCAAAAAUGUCACCAGGCCGCUACCUCGUGUGCGGCACAAACUCCUUCAAACCGAUGUGCCGUGAAUACUCCUUGCAGACCUCCGGGUAUCUGAUGGAGAAGGAAAAGCUGGGGCAGGCCAUUUGCCCUUACAGUCCCAGAAUCAACAGCACCGCCGUUUUUGUCGACGGCGAGCUCUACACCGGCACUUACGCAGACUUCUCAGGCACAGACCCCAGGAUUUACAGAGACCCUCUGCAAACGGAGCAGUACGACUCCAUUUCCCUCAACUCUCCUAAUUUUGUGAGCUCGUUCGCUCAUGGCGACUACGUCUACUUCUUUUUCCGCGAGGGCGCCGUCGAGUACAUCAACUGCGGAAAGUCCAUCUAUUCGAGAGUGGCGCGCGUCUGCAAGUCAGACAAAGGUGGUCCGCACCGCUUCCGAAGUGGCUGGACUUCGUACCUUAAGACCAGGCUCAAUUGCUCAGUGCCGGGCGAGUUCCCCUUUUAUUUUGAUGAAAUCCAGUCCACUUCGGAUCUGAUUGAGGGCUCGUAUGGCGGCGUGAACGCUCAGGUCAUCUAUGGUGUGUUCACCACUCCGCCCAACUCAAUCAGCGGCUCGGCCGUGUGCGCCUUCAACUUGCAAGAAAUUUCUGAGACUUUUGAAGGCUCUUUCAAGGAGCAGACAGCCAUAAACUCCAAUUGGCUACCUGUCAAAAAUGCCAAAGUUCCAGAUCCCAGACCAGGUCAGUGCGUCAAUGACUCGAGGACGCUGCCUGACUUAACCCUCAACUUCAUCAAAAUGCACCCAUUAAUGGAUGAGUCAGUCAACAGCUUCUUUGGUCAGCCCAUUGUCAUCCGCACAAGCUUCCAUUACCGCUUCACUCAAAUAGCAGUUGAUCCUCAAGUGAAGACGCCUGGGGGAAAAUCCUAUGAUGUGCUUUUCAUCGGCACCGACAAUGGAAAAGUGAUCAAGGCCGUAAAUGCCGAGUCUGCUGAUAACUCAAAGAAAGUCAACCCAGUGGUUAUUGAAGAAAUCCAAGUUUUCCCACCAAAUGUUCCCAUCAGAAAUUUAAAAGUUGUUAGGGAUAAAUCUGUUAUGGAUGGCCGACUGGUUGUUGUUUCCGACUCCGAGAUUCAGGCCUUAAGACUUCACAGGUGCUACAGUGAAAAAAUCAUGUCCUGCAGUGAGUGUGUGGCACUGCAGGAUCCAUACUGCGCUUGGGACAAACAGGGUCAGAAAUGCAGAUCGAUGAACUCUGCUCGAUGGAAUGACGACAAGAGCUUCUACCAAAGUAUUGCUACUGGAGUUCACAGCUCAUGUCCAGCUAGCAAAAUUGUUGGAAAAGAUGCUGGAAAUGUUGGAGGGCUUUCAUCCAGCUUCCCAAAGUCCUUCAGUGACAUGGGCCGAGGUGGAAAGGAAAUUCCCGAUGGUGAGGUCAUCAACAUAAUGCACGAUGAACAGGAGCGAAAUGGACCAGAAGUGAGCUCUGCUGAGAGCACCAUUCCCCAGUACACAGUCGAGACUCUAGUUAUCGCCGUGGUUGCUGGAUCCGUGGCUGCCCUGGUUGUUGGAUUUGCUACGGGAUACCUGUGUGGUCGAAAGUGCCAUAAAGAUGACGAUGACAACCUUCCAUACCCAGACACUGAGUACGAGUACUUUGAACAGAGACAAAAUGUCAAUAGCCGACUGACUGUUGAGCCGAAACUGUUGUCCCAAGAGGAGGUGACCUACGCUGAGCCAAUCCACAUCCCUCCAACCAAGGCCAUCACCACCUCGCCCAAGGGAACAUUGCGCAAGGGCGCCCACCCUUCUGCCCCGCCUGCUGCCGAAACCAUGUUCCAGUUCUCGGACAACUACACGCCUCCUCCCCGCGACCCGUACGCACACCAGCGUGGUCGUGACAACUUUGGCACGCUGCGCAGCCACAAGGAAGGCUUCAGCAGCCACCGCACCCGCAACCCCAUGGGCGAUGGCUACAACACGACGCGCAGCGUCAAGAAGGUUUACCUCUGAGAGACAGAGGGGAGAGGCAGAUCGGGCACUCUUGGCGCGGUGAGCAGGAGACGCAAAGGAGGCGUCCACCCUUUGGCGACCUCAUCGUGCUCCUCCUCGUCGUCUCCAUCCCCGCCUGAGUCGUCGUCGCCCUCUCCCCCUCCCACAGGCUCGCCGCCCCGAUCCCCUCAUAGGGCACCGUGCAGUUUCAUUUACCGCACCUAAACGGGGCAGCAAAAUUCUCCAACUUUAGAGAAUUAAUGGAUUUUCGGGUUUAUGUUUUUCUGGUGCCAUCCUGGACUUGAUCAAGUGCCAAGCUAAACGGUGGAUUUCAUGUUCCUUGUUUUCUCAAGCCCGACUUUUCUGCUCUGCCGCAAAAUAUUGUGAAGACGAUUCGACAAGACACCAAUGACGGGAUGGGUGGGAGAGGCGCAAAGAGAUUUCUAGGCACCCUUCACCAAUUUUUCUGGUGGUUUUUAAAAUUUAUUUUUUAGCCAAUGUGAUUGGCUAGCAUUUAUGUAAAGAGAGGAUUUCAGUUUUUUUAACAGUUUGCUUAUAAACGGAAUCUAAUUACAUUUAAACUAACUAUAAAGAAGCUUUUGUAAUUGGAAUCCAAUCUUUGAUUUUUGAAAGUCUGAUAAUAUAGUGUUUAAGAGUUUUAUAUUUUAUUUUUAAUAUUACUGCCUUAAAAUAAGUUGUAUUGAAGUAAUUUCUUUGCGCCUCUUUAAUAUGCAACAGAGGAGGUGGGGUUGGCAGCCUUUAAAUUAUGAUGUCGAUUUUUGAGAAUUACAAAUCGAUUCACUUACUGUUGUUCAUUGCUUAGUUUUGCUGCACUAACUCUUUCAAACACUUCUGACUUUGAGCAUGAAAUUUUACUGAAAAUAAUUAUUAUUGAAAUAAUAUUGUACUAAUUGACUUUGCGCCGCGCAGACGUUUUUUCGAGCAGGCAUAGCUGCGGCGCGCAAUGGAUUGAUCUUCUUUUUAUAAAAAUAUAAUAGCCUUAAAGUAAACCGCGACAAAUGUACAUAUAAAGAAGAAAAAACACAUGUAAACACAAUUUGUUACCAAGUGGUAUCGAUCUUGUGGAAUGAGAACAUCUUACUGUUAACGGACUGGAAGAAGUAGAUGAAGAUGAAUAAUACUCCUACUCUUACAUAAACCCAAAAGAACAAUGUAACUGAUUAACCAGAUAUUGUGCGUUGAAUCAAAUGCGCGUGAAAUCACGAGAUUAAGAAGCUGUAGUGGAGAACUGUAAAUUUUUAUAUAAAAAGUUGCCCUCAUACGUAUUUCAUGGGGCAAGCGACGAGUUACGCAAUGUAAACCGUUUAAUUAACUUCAUUAUCUAGUAAUACAGUACUUUAGUGUUAAAUGACAAAGAGAAAAUGGGUACAUAUUUUAAUGUACCAAAAUAGACAUGACACACAAAAUAGAAUAAUUAUAAAUUACUCCAGACCCCUGAGCUUAGUUGUGGAUGUGUAGCUUGAUUAUCGACAAUGUCAUUGUGAGCCUAAUUGGACUAUAAAUUUUAAAAAUUGCAACAAAGCAAAGAACUUGUUCUGUGCACACAAGCUGUUGUACUUAGAUGCUUUCCUGGUGCAUUUUCUGCGUGAAUUUGCCUUGAAUGUGCUGCAGCUAUUCAUAUUGUUUCUUGUGCGGAGAUGAUAUCAUUGCCAAUGAGGUUGUUGUUUUUGUACACAUUUUUCAUUUGGCACAAGCACGAAAAAAAAUAAUAAUAUUAAUAUUCCGACAAGUGAUUGCAGUUGAUGUGCAUAGCAUAGAUGUGUAUAUCGCCUGAAUCGAUCGGUGUGCAAAACAGUCGAUAUUAUAUUUUCGUAAGAUGAUUUUUGAAGCAAACGGCAGAAGAUGUAUUUUGAAGGCGAGCUAACUGUACUCUUACAAAUUGAUCGUGUAAAUUAAUACUCAUUCAAGUUCAGGGGUCAAAAUAUUAACAGCACCGUUCACCAGAGAUUAAAAAAGUAAAUGAAAAGUCUUGAAGGGAAACAUAUUUUAUAGAGCACUUCUUGCGAUUAAGAAAUUUGCUUUUUACCAAAGAUGAUUUUUACACUGUGAAAGUUGAUUAAUUGAAUGAUUACUUACCGAAGUUUAAAUUGCGUCCAUAGCACACUUUUCAAAUUCAGUUUCGUGUAAAUCAAAAGUGGCAGAAAAAUUAUGCAACUAAAAUGGGCAAGUAGAGAGUUACCAGCAAGGGUUUCCAAGGCCUAGUUUCAGCCGAAAGCCUUUUAAAAUAUUCAGUUUCCAACAUUGCCGCACCACAUAAUAAUAAUAUAACACAAUCCAAGGGUUUCGAAGUGAGCACCUGGUGGCAUCCAGGCUCCAGAAAAGGCCUAUCGAACACGAGACAUUCUUCCAUUAAGUGACCCACAGUACGUACGGAAUUGUUUGAUCUGUUUGGGCAUGAAAUUUUUCAAGUGACUCAAGAUUUAAGAGUUGGAAACUAUAAUUCUUCCCAUCAUUGUUGUACUGACGAUGAUGUAGUUGUAAAAAACCAGCAAAUAAAAAGUCCUGCAUUUUUCCAGCCGGGCCAGUCAAUUUUCGUGUGUGGUGGAUUAAGCACUAUAGAAUAAUUAACUGUCCUUGCAUUGACGUCACACACGCCGCAUAGAUUAUACACAUUGUUGCUGGAAGGGCUUGUUGGUCGCUGUACUCUCUACUGGGAAAAAAAUGAAACGAUACAUCUCACAUUAAUAAAGCUUUUUCGAAAGGGCGUUGAAUUUUAUUUACCAGGCAGGACUCCAAAGAUUGGUUUCGUUUCACUAUAUUGUUUUUUUUUUACAUUGGGUAGCAAUGGAACGACUUUUGAAAAAGCUCUGUUACUCUGUAAUAGCACACAACAUACACUGUAAUACGAACAUGAUCUCGAUGCAUGAAUAUGUAUAUUAUCAAAGCUGAACAAAAGUUUGUAAUAUUUUUUUAUGUGGGUGUGACGUGAUCGCACGCUAUCAAGAUUUACCCAGGCCCUUAGCGGUUAAUUGAUUAUACAUCACGGCUCUUGGCGCAAUGAAGUCGGAAGUUAAUUGACUCCGACACGACUCUGCCAGAGCAAAUCUUUUCAGGCAUCAAAAUGAACUAAAAGUUUACUAUUCGUAUUGAAAUAAUUACAUAAUUAUAUAUAAAGAUCUAGAUUAGUUGCAGGCGUUGCAAGCUUUGCGGAUUUUCUUACUCGUAUGAUAUCAUUAAUAGCGUUUAAUGCACAACUAUGCUUUUUUAAAGAUAAUUUUACAACUAAUACGCCCUUGAUAUUUAUGAAGAGAAAAGUGAUUGUUGCACGAACCUGUGCAAUUAAAGUUUAGUUUUUAAGGUCCAGCCAUAUAUAAAAAAAGGUGUAAUUUAUUUAGUUCUCUUUUUAACUCUUUCUGUCUCAAACAUUACGGCUUGUGGAAUGAAAUGAAGCCGAAGGUUUUUCAAUAUUUUCUCCAAAAAAGCUUGUCACUCCUACUUAUAGACAAUUUUGUAUUCCAAGUUGAAACUCAUUCAUCCUCUCACCCCAAUUAAAAAUAAAACAUCAUGAUCGACCGAACACAUCAGUCAUGAAUGUAAAGUCUUGUAAAACUGCUUUCUCAAACUACGAACUAAUGAAAAA